AUGGCUACUUUCUCCAGAUUCCAUAAAAUUGCACUCAUAAGUUUAGGAGCAGUGGGAGGAGGUUUUGCUUAUUAUCAAUUAGGAAGUAAUGAAAAGAAAUUCGGUGUUCAGAACUCGUGGACAACGAACUUUACGCCUAGUGUUAAAUGGGAAAAGAAUUGGGACCAUCGAGAACCCGAGUCUAUAGUGAAACCGGCAAAAAAUGGGAAGGCCGAGGACGACAAUAGAUACAAUGAGCAAAUCGAGAAGGCUAAGAGUAAAGCUGUGAGGCAUUUGUUUUUAAUUCGCCAUGGACAAUACCAUGUUGAUGGUAAUACUGAUAAAGAGAGAAUUUUAACAGAAUUAGGUAGGCAACAAGCAGAGCUAACUGGAAAGCGCCUUGCAGAGCUUGAUAUAAAAUGGGAUCUACUUGUUAGAUCUACUAUGACUCGAGCACAGGAGACUGCAAAAAUUAUUGGAAAACAUUUACCUAGUGAUAUUGAAAUCAAAGAUUGUCAAUUGAUAGAGGAAGGUGCUCCUAUUCCGCCUGAGCCCCCAGUAGGACAUUGGCGACCGGAACCAAAACAGUUCUUCCAGGAUAGUGCUCGGAUUGAAGCUGCCUUCAGAAAAUACUUUCAUCGGGCAUCUCCAGAACAAACACAGGAUACAUACACCCUGCUAGUAUGCCAUGCAAAUGUAAUACGGUUCUUUGUUUGCAAGGCAUUGCAAUUCCCACCUGAAGGCUGGCUUAGAAUUUCGCUAAGCCAUGCAUCGAUAACGUGGGUCUCCAUACUUCCCAAUGGCAAUGUGGUGCUAAGAUCGCUCAGUGAUACGGGACAUAUGGAGCCUAAAUACAUCACCAGUCGGUAA